AUGUUAGACUGCCACCUCCUGGCCAGGUCUCGAAACGAUUUAUUCAAAGGGUCGGUUUACUUGUCCAGCCAAAUACGAACUGUAGGUAUAAUCUACAACGCCCGCAUACCCGAGGCUCUGGAUCUUAGUACUGCUAUAGUCAACGAACUCUCGCUGGAACAGAGGAGUUGGAUAUCUCCGGCGGAGAAUUUGGAGGAGCUUAGAGAUCAGGUAACGGAAACUGAGCUGGUAGUUACAGCGGGCGGCGACGGCACUAUGUUGCGAGCGGUACAGGUUACCGCUCCUCUUGAUGUCCCGAUGGUGGGAAUCAACAUGGGGCGACUUGGAUUCAUGACCGAACUACAGGUGCAUGAUGCCCUGGAAAAGUUGCCGUCAUAUUACCGGGGUGACUACAGAAUCGAUUCGCACAAUAUGAUUAUGGCGCGGAUCGUGCGUGCUCCAAAUUCCGCCACCUCUGAGGUUGAGGGACCCUUUCACGCUUUAAACGAUGUAGUCCUUUCUCGCGGUGGAGUUUCGAGGGUUGUGACCAUCCGGACUACUGUGGACGGCGCAGAGGUAGCAUCGCUGAGGGCCGACGGCAUUAUAUUGGCCACGGCGACGGGCAGUACCGGGUAUAGUUUGGCGGUAGGUGGGCCGAUUCUCGAUCCCCUUUCGGAGGGCUUGGUCUUAAAGCCUGUGGCGGCACAUGUGGGUAUGUCUGCCUCGCUAGUACUUGACCCAAAAGCCAAGAUAGGUCUUUACCUCGAAGGUGCACAGGAAGCGGUGCUCAGCGUGGAUGGAUAUAUCGAACGUGAAUUGCAACCCGGGGAUCGUGUGGAAAUUGAACAGAGCCCCUUCAAGGCAAGGUUCUUAAGGGCACAUCCCAGCCAGCAUUUUUAUGCCACAUUGACACGUAGGCUGGGAUUCAGCAUUAGAGGGCAAUAG